CUUAGAGGGCUCCGGUUGCAAAUGAGCAAGCCCAGGCCCCCAAACCCACAAGCCGUGAGCGAGUGUUAGUGGGUUCAUUCACUCUGUAGUUGACUGCCUGAGUUGUGAGCUCUCUCUCGCUCUCUCUCUCUCUGUGUCUCUCUCCCAUCAAUGGCCUCUUUGUUCCAGAAAAUCCAACAGGCCUUUGCAAAACGACCCAAGUUUACUAAGGAUCCAAGGCAACUCCAAUUUGAAGUUGACAUUAACCGCUUGUUCCUUUAUUCAAGCUUCAACCGAUUGGGGAAGAGUGCUGAUGAGGCAGCUGCCGAACAAGUUAUUGAAAUGGCCAGUAAAGCCUCUUUUGAUGAUCAGCAGAAGCAAGUACAAGAAAAUGUUCAUUCACAAAUUAGAACAUUCUGCUCAUUCAUGGAUGAGAUUCUUCUUCCAAAUGAAAAGCCGUUGAAUGACCCCCUUGGAUUAUCUCAGCAAGCAACCGUUUUCCCUCGCCGAAGUGGACUUAGCUUUGCUGUGGGUAGGACUGAUGCACCUCCUCAUGAUUCUGCUGCCCCUCAGACAAGACCAUUGAGCCAAGCUGAAGUUUCUCAGAAAUUGAAAGAUCAACUCGGCUACACGCUUAAUGUUAAACCGUCUCAAAUAUCUCACAAGGAUGCCGGCCGGGGUCUUUUUUUAGAUGGUGCCUUGAAUGUUGGUGCUGUGGUGGCUUUUUACCCUGGAGUGGUCUACUCUCCGGCUUACUAUCGCUAUAUUCCAGGGUACCCAAAUGUCGCUGCGCGGAACCCCUAUUUGAUUACAAGAUAUGAUGGGAACGUCAUCAAUGCCCAACCGUGGGGUACCGGAGGUGACAAGCGCGAAAUGUGGAAUGGUAGGAGCACACAAGAAAUCAAGGCUGAUCUGAAAGGAGCUGAGAAAGGCUCAGAAAGGUUCUGGAAAAUGCUGAGUAAGCCUUUGGAAGGAAACAAAGGAGAUAGAAGUGAACUCAUUGAGCGUAGAAACCCAUUAGCAUUGGCUCAUUUUGCCAAUCACCCUCCAAAAGGGGUGCAACCAAAUGUCAUGAUUUGCCCUUAUGAUUACCCAUUGACUGAAGACAACAUGAGGGUUCACAUUCCAAAUGUAUUGUUUGGAGAUGCAGAAGUGAAUAUGAGGAGAUUUGGCAGUUUUUGGUUCAAAUCAGGAGGGUCAAGAAAUAGUGGAUCACAUGUUCCAACACUGAAAUCUCUUGUUUUAAUAGCUACUAGGGCUAUCCAAGAUGAGGAACUUCUCCUGAACUACAGGCUAAGCAACACUAAGCGGAGACCGGAAUGGUAUGCUCCCGUGGAUGAAGAAGAGGACAGGAGAAGAUGGAGCUAGGCAAUCCAUCAUUGAAUUCUGAAUCUAAUUCUUGUUUUGUCUCUUAGAAAGCUGCAUUUGUAAUGAUUUGGAUUGGAUAUUAUUUUUCUGAUAAAUAAGUUUUUGGUCCCUUUUUAGGCGACAAA